AUCUCACAAUCUAAAACCCGGCGAGUGAGAAAUAUCCCGAAUUCGAAAAGGAAUCACUACCUACUCCUUUCGGCUAUCAAGGACCUAAAGCGGAAAACCGAGAGGUAAAAAAACACCAUCGCAAUGGCACCGCUGACUCCACACUGGGACCAGCCCUCGCAUCCUGACAUCCAAGACGUGAUCAUCAACGCGCAUGAAUUCACAUCUAAAAGCCUGUCCAAGAUCUCCCUGCCUCCUUUCGGUCUAUUUGCGAAAUUGGACUUUCCCCCGUGCACCUUGGCCGAGUCCCCGACCUAUGCCACAGUCCAGUGCGGCCGGGACAAGCACCUGGACCUGAACAGCGACCUGCUGUACAUCAACCACUCGUGCGAGCCGUCUCUCAUCUUCGACACGGCCAACAUGAACGUUAUCGCGGGGCCGAACGGCCUCCAAGCCGGCGAAGAACUGACCUUCUUCUACCCGUCCACAGAAUGGGCCAUGGCCCAGCCCUUCGACUGCCUGUGCGGCAAGCCGGCGUGCCGCGGGCGUAUCAGCGGCGCGAGGGACAUGUCCAAAGCGCAGCUCGAGGGCGUCUGGCUGAACGGUCACAUCCACCAGCUCCUCGAGGAGCGAGACCUCUGUAAUGCGGGAACCGGCAAGGAAACUGAUCCUGAAAAUGGCACUAGUACUUUAGCCGGUCGUGAUCCCUCGACGGAAGUAGGACCACCCCCUGAGGAUCUCACUGCUCAAGCGCUGAGAGAUGCCUUGAAGCAUGCUGAAAAGGUCGUUGAAGCCGCCAGGAGCGCUCUACAAUCGUACCUCGGUCCAAGGGCACUAUCGACUCGCAGCGGGGCAGCCCGUGGGGAGAGGGGCAGCACGGAUGCUAGCGGAUUAGCUGGCCUCGGUGGAGCUGAUGCCGCCUUAGUCUCCGGCCUAACGAGACGCGGCAUCACGUCACGGGAAUUGAGCGGCGAGAUGGGCGGAGAUACUAUUGCAGUUUCAGGCUCGUAAGGGACAAAUCUCAUGUCCUUGGUUGUUUAGUUCGGUUGCUUCUCUCUUUUCGAAUUCAACAUUCUCGUCUUUAAGUCAGCUCUCAACAGCCUGACCUGUUUUGAAAGAUAGCACUCACCCAAAUGCCCCAGGUUAGAAUUAGGGCAAAACGCUCCUUAGAAAUAUAUAUUGAUUAGGU